UUUUGUGCUUUUAACUUAUAUAAGCACUUAAAUCUUCACAUCUUCCAUACUUGCAACUGCUGCCAUGAAGUCCUCAAAGCUUUUUGCUUUCUUUUGUUGUUUGAUUCAAGCUUAUUUCUUAUGUUCUGAGAUUGUUUUUGGCUGUUUUGUUGUUGAACGAAGGGCCCUUCUUCAGUUUAGAAAGAGUCUCAAUGAUCCAGAAGGCCGGCUUUCUUCAUGGCGAGGAAGUGAAUGCUGUUCAUGGAGAGGAAUAAGAUGUGAUAACCAUACUGGUUUAGUUACUUUCAUAAAGCUUCGCAAUCCAUAUCCAGAUAUUGAUAGUUUUGUGAAGUUUCGAUCUCAUGGCUUUUGGAACUUGAGUGGAAAAAUAGAUUCUUCUUUGCUCCAGCUGAAGUCGCUUGAACAAUUAGAUUUGAGCUACAAUACAUUUGGAGGCAUUCCAAUCCCUCAUUUCUUUGGUUCUUUGAAGAAGUUAAGAUACUUAAACCUAUCUAGAGCUGGAUUCUCUGGCACUGUGCCCGCUCAUUUAGGAAACUUAUCAAGGUUGCAGUAUCUUGAUCUUUCUUCAAGCUUUGAGUAUCUUGAUCUUUCUUCAAGUUUCCCCCCCUUAGUUGUGCAUGAUUUUCAUUGGGUAUCCGGUCUUUCUUCUUUGAAGUUCCUCUCAAUGAACUUUAUUAAUAUUUCAAUGGCUGAAACGGGAUUAUUUCAACAACUAAACAGGCUAUCUUCCUUGAGAGAAUUGCAUAUGCGAGGCUGUGGAGUGGCAGGACUUGUUCAGAACCUUCCUUUCAUUAAUCUCACUUCUCUACAAGUCAUGGAUCUCUCUCUUAAUAGCUUCAAUUCUUUGAUCCCCAAAUGGUUUGCUAACUUAAGUAGCUUAGUUCAUUUAGAUUUGAUAAAUGCAUCUUUUUAUGGUCCAAUCCUUGAGAUAUUUAGAAUUUCUAGCUUAAAGUUUAUUGCACUAUCAGCGAACAAUAAUCUCACACUUGACAUUUCUGAGCUUCUUGGUGGAAACUGGAGGCAAAUAGAGUACAUUCUAUUAGCAGAAAAUGGAGUGCAAGGAUUUCUUUCUGAUUCUAUUGGGAACCUCACUUCACUUGUAGAGCUUGAUCUCUUUGAUAAUAGCAUUGAAGGUGGGAUCCCAAGCUCUAUGGGAAAGAUUUGCAACUUGGAAGGUUUGAGUUUAGAUAUUAAUAAGCUGACUCUUACACUUCCUAAGUCUCUGGAAGUCGAAGGAUGUUUGUCAGAUAAACCUCUGCAAAAUUUAUAUUAUUUCAGCAUGAAUACAAAUGGAAUUGGAGGUACUUUACCAGAAUGGCUGGGAGAGCUCCAAAAUCUCAGUGUCCUGGAUCUUUCUUAUAACAUGAUUACAGGUCUCAUCCCACCAUCUCUUGGAGAUUUGUCGCAUCUCACUCAACUUGACCUCGAUGGAAAUCAACUUAAUGGUACUCUUCCAUUAACUCUAGGAUAUCUUUCCAAACUAGAAUUCUUUGGUGUUUCUUCAAACCAAUUAACUGGAAUAUUAAAUGAGGAGCACUUCUUGAAGUUGAGCAGUUUGAAAAUCUUAUUGAUUUCUUCAAAUUCUUUAACCAUUAAGUUUAGCUCAAGCUGGGUUCCUCCAUUUCAGAUUCAAAAUCUAGCAAUGGGUUCAUGUCAGUUGGGUUCUCAGUUUCCUUCCUGGAUUAAAACCCAGAGGGAACUUCAAUUCUUUGACAUCUCCAAUAGUUCAAUCUCUGGCAAGAUACCAAAUUGGUUUUGGGAGGAUCUUUCUUCAAAUCUCUCUCUUUUAAACAUUUCAUUUAAUAAGUUUGAAGGUCGGAUACCAGAUCCCAUGAAAAUUUCUCCCCUUGCUGAUGUGGAUAUGAGAAAUAACCUUUUCAGUGGGUCAAUUCCAAUGCCCUCAACUCAAGUUGAGCUACUUGACUUCUCUUGCAAUCAAUUUUCUGGUACCAUUCCUUCCAACUUUGGCCAAUUGCAACCUUACAUCAUCCACCUCUCCCUCGCCUAUAACAAUUUAUCUGGAACAAUUCCUUCUUCAAUUGGAUAUCUUCAGGAGCUCCAAAUCAUAAAUCUUUCAAACAAUUUUUUAAUAGGAUCAAUCCCUUCAAGUUUGAAGAAUUGUUCUCACCUCAAUGCUCUUGUUCUUGAACACAACAAUCUCUCAGGACAAAUUCCUCGUUCUCUUGGGAAACUUGUAUUGCUGCAAACUCUACACCUCAGCAACAAUGACCUAUCAGGUUCGAUCCCUCAAUCCCUGCAAAAUUGCACCAAGCUGGAGACACUCGACCUAGGAAACAACAAUCUCAAUGAAUCAAUUCCAGCUUGGUUAGGCGAGAGACUCCCAGCACUUCGCAUUCUUCGAUUGAGAUCAAACAAGUUCACAGGUCAAAUACCCUUUCAGCUUUCUAAUCUCAAAUCCUUGCAAGUGCUUGAUCUUGCCAACAAUCACCUUUUCGGGACAAUUCCUCGUAGCUUUGGAGCCUUUAAAGCCCUGAAUAGUCCAUUGAAAGUAAACACUUAUCUUCGAUAUGGCCAUUACAAAGGAACUUACUAUGAAGAAAACAUAUCAAUUUAUGUAAACAACAGACAACAAAUAUACACCAAGACUCUCUCACUUAUGGCCAGUAUUGAUCUAUCAGGAAACAAACUGUCAGGUGAAUUCCCAGAAACUUUGACAAAUCUCUCUGGUGUGAUUAUUUUGGACCUUUCUAAUAAUAAUUUAACAGGAAAGAUCCCACAAAAUAUUGAUAGCAUGAAAGAACUCGAGUAUUUUGAUCUUUCAAACAAUCACUUUUUUGGUGAGAUUCCUAUCACUAUGUCAUCCCUUAUGUUCCUAAGCAAUCUCAAGUUAUCAAACAACAAUUUUUCUGGAGUGAUACCAAAUGGUGGUCAGCUAACAACAUUCAGUUCAUCUGCAUUUUAUGGCAAUAAAUUUCUUUGUGGUCUACCACUCGACGUGUUGUGCAAGGAAAAUAAUGUUGAUUUCAACGAUACAUCAAAUAACAAUGGUUAUGAUAACAACGAAAAGGAAUUUGUAGAUGAGUGGUUUUACCUAAGUGCUGGCCUUGGAUAUGCUGCAGGACUAUUGGAAAUUGUUGCAAUAGCUUUUAUAAAAAAGCCAUGGUCUAAUGCUGAAUUUAUAGAUUGGUUGGUUGUGCCUAGGAAACAAAAAAGGCUGAGCAAGAAUACUUCUGUACAAAAGUAG